UCCUCCGUCUGCGCCUGCGUCAGAAAGCGAAAGGGCCCACGUCAACGCCUGGCGACCGAGGGGGGCCACCCUCAAAGCUACCCCCGGGGACACCCCAAGACGUCUCCAGGGCGUCGCCGGCCGACGUUGAUCUGCAGUGCGCAAGGCCACCGGCUCAACGGCCCUUCUUUCUGUUGCCCUCGUGCGCGCGCGCGUGCACGGCUACUAUUUAGAGGGAAUGGGGAGCGCGUUGGCGGCAGAAACAAGUUUGAAGAAGUUUGAAGCUGGAGGCUGUCGUCCGCACCUUGGUGGUCACUCCUCCUCCUGGUCCUGGUCCUGGUCCCGGUCCUCGUGGUGCUCCAGUUCUUGGCUCCCGCAGCUCCCGGUCGAUGGCGGCGCUUCGCGCGCCGGUGCGACUGCUUCGCGCCGUGUGGCGUCAGAAGGGCGUCUGGGUCGUGGCCUUGGCUCCGCUGGUCCUGCUGCCGCUCGCCCUCAGCACCAAGGAGGCGGCGUGCGCAUACGUGAUCCUGCUGAUGGCGCUGUACUGGUGCACGGAGGUCCUGCCGCUGGCCGUCACGGCGCUGCUGCCGACCAUCUUGUUUCCCCUGCUCGGCAUCAUGCGCUCCAAAGAUGUAAACUUCCGCAUACACGCACGCCGCGUGUGCGCUAUUGAGUAUGUUGGUAGCAUGUGGAACAAAAUGGCGAAAGGUCUCUCCGCGCAGGUGUGCAUGCAGUACCUGCGAGACAGCAACAUGUUGUUUGUGGGCGGGUUGAUGGUGGCGGUGGCCGUGGAGCACUGGAACCUCCACAAACGCAUCGCGCUCAAAGUCCUACUGGUGGUGGGCGUCAGGCCCGCGUUGCUGAUGCUGGGCUUCAUGAGCGUGACGGCCUUCCUGUCCAUGUGGAUCAGCAACACGGCCACGGCCGCCAUGAUGGUCCCCAUCGUGCAGGCCGUGCUGGACCAGCUGCGUUGCCGUGACGACGCAGAAGAAGGACGCCGGACGACGCGCGAAGGCGCCGCGGACCCCGCCUCCGCAAAGCAGAGCGCCUGUGUCGUCCGAAUGCCUGACGUGGAAGCUUCCGGAAGGACGGGAGAGUGUGAAGAAAGAACGGGAGAGGGCGGAGCGCCGACAACGACCUGCGAGGACGUGACCGUGUCAACACUCAAACCGCCACCACAGGACCAACCUGCGUCUGCGCCAAAAGCGUCCGUGUCGAGCGCCGUUUGCGCGUCGGAGGCGGACGGCGCGGACGAGCGUCGGAAGCGUUUGAGCAAAGGCCUGCUCCUGAGCGUGUGCUACGCAGCCAGCAUCGGCGGCAUCGCCACGCUCACCGGAACCGGACCCAACCUGGUUCUGCUGGGCCAGAUGAGCCAGUUGUUCCCGCAGAGCGGCGGCGUCAUCAACUCGGCGUCCUGGUUCGCCUUCGCCUUCCCCACCAUGUUGAUGAUGCUCUUCAUGGCCUGGAUUCUAUUGCAGCAAGUCUUCAUCGGACGCAGCCCGCGGGGAGCGUGGUCGUGCGGGAGGGGGCGGCCGGCGAAGGAGCGGGCGGCGCGCGACGCCAUCGAAGAGGAGCAGCGGCGGCUGGGUCGCAUGAGCUACGGCGAGGCCAGCGUGAUGGCGCUCUUCCUCCUGAUGGUGGUGCUGUGGUUCACGCGGGAGCCGCGCUUCGUGGACGGCUGGGCCUCGCGGGCCUUCAACGCCGACGGCGAGUUCGUCACGGACGCCACCGUCUCCCUCUUUGUGGCGCUUUUAUUGUUCAUCCUGCCGUCCCAGCCGCCCAAAUAUCUCCUGUGCUGGAGGCGCAGCUCGGACGCGGACGCGCAGGUGUGCCCAGGUCCCGCCCCUCCCCUUUUGACCUGGAAGGUGGCGCAGGCCAAGAUUCCCUGGAACAUCGUGCUGCUGCUGGGCGGAGGCUUCGCGCUGGCCAAAGGAAGCGAGGAGUCGGGCUUGUCGCGCUGGUUGGGCUCGCAGAUGACGCCGCUUCACUCCAUCCCGCCGUGGGCCAUCACCGUGGUCCUGUGCCUCCUCACCGCCACCUUCACAGAGUGCGCCAGCAACGUGGCCACGGCCACCCUCCUCCUCCCGAUCCUGGCCUCCAUGUCGCAGUCCAUCAGCGUGAAUCCUUUGUACGUGAUGAUCCCGUGCACCCUGAGCGCCUCCUUUGCCUUCAUGCUGCCCGUGGCCACGCCCCCCAACGCCAUCGUCUUCUCUUCGGGCUACCUCAAAGUAGCCGACAUGGCGAAAACCGGCGUGGUGAUGAACGUCAUCGGCAUCGCGUGCAUCAGCGUGGCCAUCAACACGUGGGGCCGCGUCCUGUUCUCUCUGGACUCCUUCCCCGAGUGGGCCAACGGCACCACGCACAUUUAAUUUCGCCGCUCCAGCUGCUUUCGCUUGUCACAUGAUGCCAUGAUCUGCUUUGGAAAAGUUGUUUCCUAAGUUUGUUGACUCAGACGCGUUGGAAAUGUAUGUUUUGAUAGAGACAUUUGUUAAUAAUCUAGUUUCAUUUAUUAGGAGGAGAAUAUGAAGAUCGUAUUUCAGGUAAUAUUGUGAAUUUUAUGUGUAGUGCAUUCAUGUUAAUGUUAUUUUCCGUUGGACUCCACUUUUGAGGUUAUCGUUUGUGUUGAUGUUGUUUUUAUGUUCAAGCUUUUGACUUGUUGUACAUAAAUGUAACAUGCUAACUCUUUUAUGAUCUUUCAAUAAACAUUUCACACAAAACCGUG